AUGGAGGCCAUCUCCAUCUCCAGGAUGCCCGCGCCCAGCCUGAGGCUGGAGCUCCCCGUCUCCAGGGAGGACAAGAGGCUGGAUUUCCUGCCUUUCUACGAGCGCGGCAGCGGCAGCGGCGGGCACAGCAAGAUCCUCUGCGUCGACGCACCGUCCUGCCCUCAUGUACUGCGGCCCCUCCAGCGGCAGCAAAGGCUGGCGGUGGCAUCAGCUCCCGCCGCCGCCUCCGCCGUCAGGUGCUACGCGCUCAUCCACGACGAAGGCGACCCCGUCCUCGUCGUCUCGUCCGCCAAGACGAGCGGCGUUGGCACCCACUGCUUCAACACCUCCACCAACAGGUGGUUCAAGGCCGGACGCUGGACGCUGCCGUUCGUCGGCCGCGCCGAGCGCGUCAGCGAGCUCGACAACCUCUGGUUUGGCAUCGGCGCCGGCUGGCCCUACGACCUGUGCGCGAUGGACCUCUACUCCCUCCGCGCCGGCGCCGGCGCCGAGGCUCCGGGGCUGGCGUACAGCUGGGGAGACCUUAGCCUGCCGGACGACUGGGUGAUGAUGGACUGCAGCAUGGUGUACCUGGGCGGCGGCAGGUUCUGCGUCGCCAAAAUCUUUGAGUUCCGCGUCGGCGAUGACCGGUUGGGGAUGGGCGCUGUCAUCUCUGGCUUGGAGGUGGUGCGCCGCGGCGAGCCAUCCAAACUCGUGAUGGUCAAGCACAAGUCCAAGUUCUACAAGUUUACCAGGGAGUACUAGCACGGGAGCAAACAAUUUCUAGACGAGUGCUAUGUGAUGUGAGGAUUGACUAGUUUCUUGUACAGCAGCACUUGUGUGCGAUUUGAUUUGGUUGUAAUGUAAAUUUCCUCCUGCUC